CUCUCUCCUCACCGGCUCUCUUCCUUUCACUAUCGAGAAAGUCUGGAAUAAUUCAAAAUGACGUCCAUCAUAUCCAUUAUUUCGUUAGUCGCUCUGGUCGGAAUAUGCUUGGCAGAAGCAAAUUACUUGCCACCGUUAAAUGGAAAUGGCAAUGGUAAUGGAAAUGGAGUGUACCGAAACGGUAAUGGAAAUGGUAAUGGCGUCAAUGGCAAUGGAGUAUUCGGAAAUGGAAAUGGCAAUGGCGGAUAUAGCAAUGGUAAUGGCGUGAAUGGAAAUGGCGUUUAUGUAAAUGGAAAUGGGAAUGGUGCCAAUGGAAAUGGAAAUGGCGUAAAUGGUAAUGGCGGAUAUACCAAUGGUAAUGGCGUGAAUGGAGUGAAUGGAAAUGGCGCUUAUAGAAAUGGAAAUGGCAAUGGUGUAUAUGUUAAUGGAAAUGGUGCAAAUGGUAAUGGAAAUGGUGUAAACGGAGGGUAUCAGAACGGAAAUGGAGUGACCGUGUACGCCAAUGGCAUUGUGGAUCCGUUCAGAGCUCUAGCUGAUGCCAUUGGCGGUGGAGGCGUCCCAGGUGUGGACUACCCCAUCCUGGCCUUCGUCCCCGACACCGGGUUCUCGUGCAACGGCCAGCUGCCUGGAUAUUACGCUGAUACUUCUGCCGAGGCUGGCUGCCAGGUGUUCCAUAUCUGUCAGGCAGAUGGCAGGAUCGACUCGUUCCUUUGUCCCAACGGCACAGUCUUUAAUCAGCAAUACUUCGUGUGCGAUUGGUGGUACAACUUUGACUGUUCGACGGCUGAACAGUUCUACGGUUUGAAUGCUGAGAUUGGCAAGGUGAAUGGAAAUGGCUACACGAAUGGUAAUGGUUACACGAACGGCAAUGGAUAUACCAAUGGUAAUGGGAAUGGCGUUAUCAACGGUAAUGGAAAUGGCUACAGCAACGGCAACGGGAAUGGAGUUAUCAAUGGUAACGGAAAUGGCUACAGCAACGGCAACGGGAAUGGAGUUAUCAAUGGUAACGGAAAUGGAUACACCAACGGUAACGGAAAUGGAUACACCAAUGGCAACGGGAAUGGACUUAUCAAUGGCAAUGGUAAUGGUAACGGAAAUGGCUACACCAACGGUAACGGAAAUGGCUACACCAAUGGCAACGGGAAUGGAGUUAUCAAUGGCAAUGGUAACGGAAAUGGCUACACCAACGGAAACGGGAAUGGCAAUGGUAACGGAAAUGGAUACACCAACGGCAACGGGAAUGGAGUUAUCAAUGGCAACGGUAAUGGAAAUGGAUACACCAACGGUAAUGGUUAUACCAAUGGCAACGGCAAUGGUAAUGGAAAUGGCUACACCAACGGCAACGGGAAUGGAGUUAUCAAUGGUAACGGAAAUGGAUACACCAACGGAAACGGAAAUGGAUACACCAAUGGUAACGGGAAUGGAAACGGAAAUGGCUACACCAAUGGUAAUGGAAAUGGUAUUGCCAAUGGUAAUGGAAAUGGUAUUGUCAAUGGUAAUGGAAAUGGAUAUACAAAUGGAAAUGGUAAUGGGUACAGCAAUGGCAAUGGUAAUGGUGCUACCAACGGAAACGGUAAUAGAAACGGCAUUGAUAAUGGUAAUGGGAACGGUAAUGGAUAUUAUUAUGGUGCCCCUAAUGGUAACGGGAAUGGUAACGGUGGAGCGACAAAUGGUAAUGGCAUUAAUGGACUCUAUCAGACGCCGAGUUUCUAAACGACGACUCCUAUUUCCUUUCUCUAUCUCGCUUUCUAUUUUUUUUCUUUUUACGAAUGUAACAAAGUAAACGAAUCCGUUUAGAGGGACGACUUAUGUAAUGUAUUUCAUGCCUCAGUGGUCAUGACUGUAGUCAUUUGCAGGAUCUUAGGCCAUAGAAAGUGAAACAUUUUAGUUUUGUUUUUAUUGUACUUAAACAAAUGAAAAUUUAAUCUGUUAAAAUCAACUGGAUAGUGUUUGAAUUGGUUAUGACGACUUUCCCAAUUGUUCCGUAGCAUUCUAGUUUCUGUAUCAGAAUGUUUCACUUUGAGUGAUUUACCAAAUUUGUACACGUGUGCCAUAAUGUUUGAUAUGUAAUGGCUUGUAUGUUUAUUAUAUGAUAUAGACUAUAUAUCUUUUGCAUAUAAAAUGUAUUAAUUUGCA